UCCAAAUUCAAGUACGAUACGACCCCUUGCAAUGGUUCGUUUGACUUCUUGACAAGUCACAUCCACGAUAUGAUGACCCUGGAGCCCAAGUUUGUGAACUAGAGAUGGUAGGCGCUUGGUGAGAUGGGACCGGCGGAAGCCUGCCUAGCCCAAAAAUAAUACGCCGCAUGUACAGGCUAAUGAUGAAAAUGCAGUGACCGGGCAAGCUGGUGACACACACCAUAGCAUAUAGCAACGCAAGUCGAAAUCCAUUGUGAGCGGGAGAACAUGCCCGCAGGGAUUUACAUUACCCUUUGUUUCAGGAUAGGCGGCGGCUGUACUAGAGACUUGGCAAGUUGCGGCUUGCCGCAUCAGCCGGCCGUGUUGAGAACCCAAUCCCAAGGUGCGAAGACGCUCGCCAUAACAGUUCAGCCUCGUCCUGUCCGACUCGUCGCUACAAGUCUGAGUCCUUCAGACGCCCCAGAGUCCGGCCAUGUCUGAAAAGAAAGCCCCAGCAAAAAGGAGGAGCAGGGCUACAAUCAAGGCCGAAGACGACACCCCAAAUUUACCAGGUCCACAACCAACUAUGAGCACCUCUCGGAAAAGAAAAGCCGCUAAUCCUCCAGCGAGAGACCCGUUAGAUCCACACACCAGCAGAGGAGAACGACGGUCUGAACUCGUCGCAGUACCUUCUCAUAUCCUCGAGCGUCAGCGCCAUCGCCGUCCACACUCCCCGUCAGAUCCCCCAUAUCGUCGCAUGCCCACUGACGUACGCCCAGCACGAAGACCUAGCGUACCAAACAUCACCCCACGACCACCACCGCGAUCACGGAAAUUGAGCAUGCCAGGCCCUGAACGCAACAUGUUGCAGCAUGCCUGGCAUACUGUCAUGACUACCGAUCCUCUUGUUGACUCGGAUGAGGAAUGCUACGAUGGUCACGUUCGAACAGACUAUAUCAAGAGAAUGCAGGUCAUCUCUCGCCUAAGGGGCAGGCCACCAACUCCCGAAGGAGAAGAUCCUGCGUGUGGAACUCCAAUGACCGUACGGUCAUCACACUUUGAGGCCCAUACGGGACGUGUACCCUCUGUAUUCUGAAAGCUUAGAAUUGAUAGAUUGCAUCAUGUACUAUACUGUCUAC